AUAUUGAUGAGUGUGAGAACGACUUCUACAAUGGGGGUUGUGUCCAUGAGUGUAUCAACAUUCCAGGCAACUACAGGUGUACGUGCUAUGAUGGGUUCAUGUUAGCCCACGACGGCCACAACUGUCUUGAUGUUGAUGAGUGUCAGGAUAACAAUGGAGGGUGCCAGCAGAUUUGUGUAAAUACUAUGGGCAGCUAUGAAUGUCAGUGCAAAGAAGGCUUUUUUCUGAGUGAUAACCAGCAUACCUGCAUUCAUCGCUCCAUUGAGGGUAUGAACUGUAUGAACAAAGAUCACGGGUGUGCACACAUCUGCCGGGAGACGCCCAAAGGUGGGGUUGCCUGUGAAUGUAGGCCUGGCUUUGAACUUGCCAAAAACCAGAAGGACUGCAAAU